AUGUGCUAUUACCACAACUAUUAUGGUAGCCUGGACUAUGGUUGCAGCUAUGGCUCUGACUAUGGUAACUCUGGAUAUGCCUGCAACUUUCCAUGA